AACACUCUGCAGCCUCCCCCGCUGCCUGCGCCCUCCCACUGUGGGCUCAGGCGUGCGCACACACACACACACACACACACACACACACACACACACACACACACGAGUGUCUGCCGAAGAAAACCACGGACACGGCACAGCGAGAGGGAACAGGAGCCCGCCGUCCUUGUCCUCCUCAGCCACUCCCACCUGAGUACCCUGGUCUGGGCCACCAUGAAGACCCUGCAGGCCGCGCUGCUCUGGGUUCUCUUGGUGCCCUGGGUAAAGCCAGCCCCACCCACUCCACAGAGAUCUACGACAGAGAUUUUGGAAGAAAUAUGGGAUUAUGAGGAGCCCCCCCAAGACGAGAAAACCACGAAGAAAAAAGAUAUCAUGGCAAUUCUACAUGCCUUACAAAAAGAUGAGAGUGCAACAGAGCAGCCGGCAAGAAACGAAGAUGGUGAAAUGCCGACCUGCCUCCUGUGCGUCUGUCUCAGCGGCUCCGUGUACUGUGAGGAGACUAACAUCGAUGCCGUGCCCCCCUUGCCCAAGGAAACGUCCUACCUUUAUGCCCGAUUCAACAAGAUCAGGAAGAUUACAGCCAAAGACUUUGCAGAUAUUCCUAACUUACGAAGACUCGAUUUCACCGGCAACCUGAUAGAAGACAUAGAGGACGGCGCCUUUUCCAGGCUCUCCCUGCUGGAGGAGCUCACGUUGGCAGAGAACAGGCUGCUGAAGCUGCCAGCCCUGCCGCCCAAGCUGACUCUACUCAAUGCCAGGCACAACAAGCUCAAAAGCAAGGGCAUCAAAGCAAACACAUUCAAGAAGCUGAAUAACCUGUCCUUCCUCUAUCUGGACCACAACGAGCUGGAGGCUGUGCCACCACAUUUGCCAGAAAGCCUGAGAAUCCUUCAUCUUCAGUUUAACAACAUAGCUGACAUCACGGAUGACACAUUCUGCAAAUCCAAUGAUACGCGUUACAUUCGGAGCCGUGUUGACGAGAUAAGAAUGGAAGGCAACCCGAUACUCCUGGGAAAGCACCCCAACAGCUUCAUCUGCUUAAAAAGGCUGCCCACUGGAACGUACUAUUGACCAAGUCUCAUCCAGCUUCAUAUGCACCCAAAGGGGAAAUAGAGCCACUGUCCUCCCCCUCAUUUAAAGGAUCCUAUAGCCUAGUUUAGUUAUAUUUUUGUAUAUCCCUUGGCAGCUUUCAGGCACUUAAACUUUUUUUUGGUCUUGUUUUAUACUAGAAUAUUUAGAAAACUUUACAUCUACAUUUUGCAUUCAAAAUGUAACAUAAUGUGAAUAACUGAGACUAGUCAAUAUAAAUAUCACCACAUAACCCACUUGGCUCAUGGCAAGAUGCUGGGCACACUGUAAUGGUGUCUUUGUAUCCAUGUCUAAAUGUGGGGCACCUUCUUCUUCUCAUCACUACAAAUAUGUAAGUGUGCAUGCACACCCAGGACCGUCUCUCUGAUGUUCUUCUUUCUUGUUCUUGCCUGAGGCCAUAAAGCAUCAAUGCUAAAGCAAUGCCUCCCUGCCCUUACCCCAGCUCAAAGGGAAAUACUUUCAGGCACCCACAGUUUCUGCAAGCUGGACUGACAUCGGGGAGGCAGAGUUAUUGCUGUUUUAUGCCAUAAAAUGUGGUAGAGUCUGCUAUGAGACACGUGUUUAUAACAAACCUUUCAACUGGAGUCAACUUCUCCAUUCCUUUGUCAAGCCCCAAUAAAAUAUACAUUCAUAAUAA